AGAGAGAGACUGGGAGGCUGGGCUUCUUCCAAGAUGGCGGCGAGGCGGAUUCUUUAUCCCUUGUAUCAACAUGGAAAUCCUCAACUAAGGGUUUUCCGGACAGAUUACUUUUUAACCUUGGUGAGGCCUGGUGUUCCACAACCAGAAGACACUGUGCAAUUCCGCAUUCCCAUGGAGAUGACAAGAGUGGAACUGAAGGACUACCUUGAAAGUAUAUACAAUGUCCCUGUGGCUGCUGUAAGAACCAGGAUACAGCAUGGCUCAAACAAGCAGAGAGAUCACAAAAACAGACGAAUCAAGAAGCCAGAUUACAAGGUUGCCUAUGUCCAGCUGGCUGGGGGUCGAACCUUUCAGUUUCCAGACUUGUUUCCAGAAACAGAAGAAACCAUUGAACCUGGGUCUUUUGAAGACAUCCAGAAGAAAUUUAUGGAAGAUGAGAGACAGAGGCAGAAAGAUGAUCCCAGACAAGGGGGCGUGCCUAGCUGGUUUGGACUUUGAUGAAAUCAACAUGCUGUUUUGCUUUUUAGGUAUCUUUUAUGGAUAUUGAUUAUCACAUGCAAUAUUGGUCAUGAUCUUGUAAUACCAUUACAAAAUAUACCUUUCCCCAUCUUCAAAAGCCAGUCAAAAUUACCUUAUUAGUAUCCAGUUUGUGCAGCAUAAUUCAUUGGAGGAGAAAUAAUAAGAGAAUUCGGGAUCAGCUAUAAAAGGGAUAAAUCAGGACAAUUUUUCUUGUUUUUGGGUCCUGCUGUUUCCGUUUGUGGAAGAAAACAUUUCCUGUUGUAUCUGUCUAAAGAGGUGUACCAUCCAGGUCACUGUUGUCUCUUCCUGUUCUGGAUAGAUUGAUGAAAUGCUAUUCACAUGCAAAAAGUAAUCUUCUACAGUUGUGACAGUAAGAUCUAGAAAAGUCAGAAUAUCAGACUACCUCUAAAUUGUCAGAGAGGCUAAAGUUGCCACUUUAUAGUCUUUGUGGGAAUACACUGUGGGGUGUACCAUAAUGAUCAUGAUACUGGUGUUAUGUUAGAGAAAUGGGUUGGAUAAAAUGUGUUUCUUGCAGCCUGCAAGAGAUCUCUGAAGCUUCAAUACAUGUAUAUCUACCAGUGGAAUCUAAACCAAUAAAAGACCCUAACACCCCCUA